ACUUUAGUGAGUCCUCCUCUACCUUGUAAAGGAAGGAUUCUGCUGCGGAACGCGCACGCUCUGUGGCUUAUUCGGCACAAUCCUCGCAUCUUUUGGGGAUUCGAGUUUGAGGCUUGAAGGCAAGAAGGCUCAAACUCGUGUCAUUGAGCGCGCGGCAACAAUCAGCGUGCGAUUCAUCGGUUUUCGAAGAAUCUUAAAGCGAUGCCUCCCCGCUCUCGGCUCCUUUCUUAGCCCUCGACUUCCGUCGACUCCGCCCUACUAUAGGUCACCUCCGACAGUUCACGUCGCCUCUACCACAGCAAUACCACUAGCCUAAGGCUAUCGUCAUAGUUCAUGGGCGCUGCCGUGUCGAUAGUUGUUGCUCUUGCAGGAGCCGUCGGCAGUAUCAUUAACAUCGUCAACGCGAUUCGCUCUUCCGCCGCGUCUGGAGGGAUUGCGCCCAACCCGGUCAUGAAGGAGCUUGAGGACCGCGCAAAGAGGGAAAAGGAGAGGGCUGAGGAGGCCGAAAGAGCGAGAAAGCACGCAGAGGAUGCGAAGCGCAAGGCGGAGGAAAGUGCGCGAAAGAAUGAAGAGGAAAGGCGUAAAGCGGAGGACGCGAAAUGCAAGGCGGAGGAAAACGCGCGAUGGAAUGAAGAGGAAAAGCGCAACGCGGAGGACGCGAAGCGCAACGCGGAAGAGCAGCGCAAAAAGGCGCAAGAGGAACAGAAGAAGACCGAGGAAGAGCGGAAGAAAGCAGAGGAGGAUAAGAAAGCAGCCGAGCAGGCGAAAAGGCGCGCAGAGGAGGCGACGAAGAAGGCGGAGGAGGACAAGGCCGCGGCAGAAGAGCAAGCCCGUCUGCUGAACGAGCAGAUCAGAGAGAUACAGAAGGGCAUCGCGGAGGGCAUCAAGCCCAUCAUUAGCCCAACCCUGGAGGAGAUCCUCGAGACGAAGGCGCGUAUCGAGUAUAAGGACGGCAUAUUCCACUUUGCUGUCGCUGGCGUCUCUGGUAGCGGCAAGUCCUCGCUGAUCAACGCCCUGCGCGGUGUGAAGAAUAGAAAGCGUGGUGCAGCGCCUGCUGGUGUGACCGAGACGACGAAGACGAUCACUCGUUAUCCUGAUCCCGACCGCCGCAACCCAUUUGCGUGGUACGAUGUCCCCGGUGCCGGAACCCUCGAAAUCCCAGACUUCAUCUAUUUCAAAGCGCAGGGCCUGUACGCCUUCGAUUGCAUCAUUGUUGUUCUCAAUGAUCGCUUCACGGACACCGACAUCGCGAUUCUGCGCAACUGCGCGCGCUUUAACAUCCCGAGCUAUAUCGUCCGCUCAAAGUCUCUCAACCACAUUGACAACCUGGUGGACGACAUGCCAUCAGACGAUGACGAGGAUGAUGACGAGGAUGAUGACAGCGAGGACGAGGCCACCGAGGACAAGGCUGCAAAGUGGGCCAUGGCGCGAGCGCAGUACGAACGAGUGAGCCGCAAGAGCGUCGCAGACAACCUCAAGAAGGCCGGGCUCGCCGAACAACGGCUAUACCUCGUGGACAAGCGCACGAUGAUUCGGGUUCGCAAAGGCCGCCGGCUGGCGGAGGCAAAGGUGAUUGAUGAGGUGGAUCUAUUGAAGGACCUCCUCACUGGGGCAUACUCUCGACGCACCGCGUCGUCCUCUGCUAGAGGUUGACUGGUUGCAUUGUGAGUGUGCAUCUGGGCGGUCGGUAUCUCGUCUGCUACCUAUUUUGGCUGCUGUUUCGCCCCAUAUUUUCUUCGCCAUUCCAAGCGUAAGUUGGUCGUGGUUUGUAUUCAUCGCAGUCUGCUCUGACGUUCGCGCUUGUGGACAUGUAUGCUGCGUCGCGAGGUGCCUGUCCGCAUUCACGUGCGGUGAGAGUGUAGACAUUACAGUUCUUGUUUUUGCUUUCGUUUUUGUUUGCCCGAGACCAAGCAUUGAAUGAAGAAUCAGAUUCCCACCGUGCCCCAUGUUAGAGGCUGAUUCUACUCAUCCUUAGCGUUGGC